AUGGAUUCAGAAGAAGUGCAAGUAGAUGAGAAUGCACACACAGGGUGCUUCAUCUUUAAACCUUCUAAACGAUACGACGAUGAAAUAGACCACAGACCGCGGAAAAGACGCAAAAGCGACAAAUCCACUGCGCAAAAGACUACGUCACAUGAAGAAUGCACAUGGCCCAGCCUUCUGGGAGGCCGGGAACCUCCCACUGCAGUACAAUUGCGGCAAGACAAGUUUCGACAAGUAUGGACGAAACAGCAGGCGAAGAUCGACGAAAUAGUAAACGACGUUGACAAACAGUUUCUGGACGACAUAUUGGAAUAUGUACGCCACGAGAAGAACAACCCUUCUUCACAAGGUCGGGUCAAGACCGGAUUGAUCCUCUGUGGACCGGGAAAGAAUGCACAACGCGACCUAGUUCAAGGAUGGAAAAGGAGACGAUCACUGGACGCUGCAGAACUUUUCAUUCCGCUUCAACCCAGUUACGCACCGAACUUACAAAGUGCGCUGAAGAAUGUGAUUCGAAUGGCAAUAUGCCGAGAAGACAAAGAAGGAGCCGGAGAAGAAGGGUACACGAAGUUUCUGGCGGCUCAUAAGGCGUUGAUACCAAUGAACUUCGACCUGGAACUCCUCUGGCGGUAUGUCGAGAAGAACGCGAUAUCGAGAGUCAUGGUAUAUAUAUCAGACGUGGAGACGUUCGACACGAACAUUCUCUCCGAAUUGAUUUCAACCUUCAGUUCCUGGUCCGAUCGCAUUCCGUUCAUACUCCUAUUCGGCAUAUCUACGAUGGUGGAAUUGUUUGAGUCUCGUCUUUCCAGAUCAACCGUUGCACUGUUGGAUGCAGAGGUAUUCGAGCCACGCCAACCUCAAAAGCGGGUAGAUCCCCUCUACGAGAUCUACCAUGCAAUCCAACACGACGACGACGCAGAGCUAUUCCUCGGCCCUUCAGCGCUCAAUGUCCUGGCAGAACUUGCACAAGAUCAAAGCACGACGGUGGAAAGUUUCACUCGAGCUAUCAAAUACGCGUUCAUGUCUCACUUCUUCGCGAAUCCACUGUCAGGGCUGCCCUCGAGCCCAAAUACGGAGGAGGUCUGGUCCCCGGCCAUCUCCCAGGCAAUCCGCAACACAGCCGGAUUCAAAAACCUCUGCGAAUCCCUGGCCACAGGUGACAAGGACCAAAGGACCCAAGCCCGCACCUUACUUACCUCCGAUGAGACCCUACAAACCGCUGCCGUUGAAGCAAUAGAAACCGGACAACAACGCCUCCGCUCCGGGCUCGCAGCCAUCGACACACUGCAAAAAAUCUACCACGACCUCCUAAAACUCGACGCCCUCACAACUCUGGAGAGCGAGACGCGGCUCCUCGCCUAUCUCCCAAAUUUAACGCAGUCAGAAAUAUACGAAGCAAUUGAGACGACAAUGGCAGAAAGGACGUCAGCCGUGGACUCCAAGCUCUUCAUCACCGGCGCCUGCCAGAUUCUAAGUGACCUACGCAAUUGGCAGCCCAUCGAGACGCAUGCGUUUGAUACCGAAAUUCCAACGCUCAACGAUAUAUCGGCGGCCCUAGAAGGAGACGACAACGACGAUGCUACCUUCGCUGAUGAAAACUCUCCCAUCAAAGCAUUCCAGACUCUUCUGGCCAACUAUCUAACCGCUCGAACCUUGUUCUCUUCUGCAACAGCACUGGCAGCAGAUGAUGCAUCAGCUUCUCCAUCAACACCAAAUCCAUUCAACACCACCACUUUCAUGGGUGAAUCCUAUACUUAUAACCUCAAAUACCCGCUCUUCGCGAUCCUACACGCCCGAGCACGUUACGCGCACGAACGCGCCCUAACCCGACCUGCAGAUUACCUUGGCUGCGACUGCUGCACUAUAGCAAAAAACCCAGGAUCCACCGCCACCUUGCAUCUCGAUGCCUCCUCGUUACCGCCUACUAGUCUACUCUUGCGCAUGCUUAAUGAAGCAGGCAAUGUCGUGAAUGUGUGUGACCUGUGGGAAGCGUAUCGGGAUCGUAUCUCGCCCACACUGAGAGCUGGCCAGCCGAAAGGUACUCCGAAUGAUGACAACAACGGCGAUGACGCUGAUGCUGACGCUGACGCUGCCGAUGGCAACGGCUUAGAAGAAGCCACGGAACGAAAGGCCCUGGCGCUCUUCUAUCGCUCGCUAGCAGAGUUAAGGCAGUUGGGGUUCGUGAAGACGAGCAAGCGGAAGCCGGGGGUCGAUUGUAUUGCGAAGGCGGCGUGGAUAGGUUUAUAA